CCUUGCCCUCUAGGCUCCAGCCCCUCCUGCCCUUCCCCUCGCGGCGGCGAGGCCUCCGAUCGUCGCUUCCCGUUCAUUGAGACCUUCCCGCCGAACACGCACGCAUCUCUUCGCCGGAGCGAAGCGAAGCCACCUCCAAGGAAUCCGUCUCCUGUAAGCCUCCCUACCCAUCCGCAUCUGUACUGGGCUGGCAUGGAGAGGAGAUCCAUCCGGACUUGAUUGGUUUCUUCUUCUGCUGGUAAGAGAGCCCUAGCUAUGGAUCGUUCCAAGAGUGAGUUCUGUUCUGCAGUAUUUCCUUUUCUUUGCUGUGAGCUAUUCAAGUAUUCAAGUCCAAAUCUUUCCCAGUCUGCUGGAGCAUCGAAUCUCAUAGCAGUUUAUAUUUCAAAAAAAGAGAGGUUAAACUGCAUACCUGAUAGCCUGAUACAUCUUUGGUACUUAAUUGUGAGUGAUCCUUAUCCGCUGUAAUACCAGAGUGAAUAACAAUCCGUUUUGAUUUAACAGUGAAGAACUGAUGCCGGACAAGUGCAAGUUUGAGUGCUGAAGAUGUGGUGAGGACCACCAAUUGUUGAUUUUUGGCGCAGGUAGCCAGUUCGUUUUGGAGCAAAACAUUGCGUUACAUUACGAUGAGCGAUGAUGGAAAACGGAUCAGGUUUCAGCCAAAGUGGAGAAAAGUUGCCUAUGGGGGAAGGCAGCCAAGCUACGACGAUAGCUACACCGACGAGUCAUUCCUCGUUAUGAAUGCCAAUGUCGUCAAGAGGGACCUUCUGAAAGUGAUGCUCGACUCUGCCUCCAUAUCGCAAUAUAUCUGCAUCGUCGCUCUUGUGGUUUCGACAUGGACCCAUACUCUGAACUUGGUCAUUGAUGAAACCACUCUCUUGAAAUUAGAUGUUGGCCUCGUGCUUGUUGGGUUUUCAGCCCUCUUGCUCACGACAUGUCCGUUCUCACUGAAGCUCCUCUCCAAGUAUGUCCUCAAUAUAUCAUUCUUCAUCAGUGGUCUCUAUGUUCUAGCGCCAAUUUAUCAUACCCUCACUAGGUCCAUCAGUUCAGAUUCAAUAUGGGCACUUGCUGUGUCUCUUCUUCUGGUUCAUCUCUUUCUGCAUGAUUAUUCUGGCUCAACUAUAAGACCUCCGGGCGCGCUCAACAAUCCAGACACAGCUCUUGUGGCUUCGCAUCUGCCAUCUAGGCUGCACGUCUUUGUGAUCAUGCUCUUCUCCUUGCAGGAAUACAAGUUUGAGAUCAAUGGCCCCUGGUAUGAAGCAAAGCUGUGCUUUGAUGUAACUGAAUAGCUGUUCCAAGCCUGGUUUAGAAACGACAUGUGCAAGAUUGGAUAGAUCAUAUCUAUAGCUGAUGUCCUUCUAGUCUUCUUUUAGUGGAUUCAUGUGGAUGUAUAUACUCUUGACAAAUUUAUUUUGUUACCGUGACUCUAAUAUACUACAUGUCUUUUUUGCUCGGAUCUCUAAUGAUCUA